UCCGACAACACGUGAAGGCAACAUUUAUUACAGCUGAGGGUAUCAUGGCGCAAGGAGGCCGAAGAGCUCCACGGCAUCAGACAGCUCGAUUAAUACGGUGUUAAAUCUUAAUAAUCUCCAAAACUAUUAACACCAAGGGAAGGGGGAUAGCGACAAAAAAAAAAAAAAUCCUUCUGACCACAACCCGCCGGAUCCCGAGACACCCGACCGGAGGCGAGAUGGAAAAUCCAGCGCUGCAGACGCAACCGUCCACCCUGCCAUUCUUCGACACGGCCCACGCCUUCAACCUUCUGCGGGGGAUCCACGAGCUCCGGGCCGAACGCAAGUUCUUUGACGUGACUCUGUGCGCCGAGGGCCGCGAGUUCCACUGCCACCGCACCGUGCUGGCCGCCGCCAGCACCUACUUUCGCGCUAUGUUCGCCGGGACGCUAAAGGAGAGCGCCAUGGACCGGGUGGUCCUGCACGAGGUGUCGGCGGAGCUCUUGGGUCUGCUGGUGGACUUCUGCUACACCGGGCGGGUCACCGUCACGCAGGACAACGUCGACGUCCUGCUGAAGACGGCCGACCUCUUCCAGUUCCCCUCGGUCAAGGAGGCCUGCUGCGCUUUCCUCGAGCAGCGGCUGGACGUCUCCAACUGCUUGGAGAUCCAGGACUUCGCCGAGGCCUACGCUUGCCGCGAGCUGGCGACGAGCGCUCGCCGCUUCGUCCUCAAGAACAUCAUGGAGCUGGCCAAAGCGACCGACUUCGCACGCUUGCCGUGGAAGCGCCUCCUCGAGUUCGUGUCCGACGACGAGCUGUGCGUCGACAAGGAGGAGGCCGCUUAUCAAAUUGCGCUGCGCUGGGUGAAGGCGGACCUCCAGCGGAGGCUGCACUACUGGCCCGAGCUGCUCCAGCAGGUGCGCCUCCCCUUCGUCAGGCGGUUCUUCCUCCUGGCCCACGUGGAGAGCGACCCGCUCGUCUACCUGUCGCCCACCUGCCUCCGCAUGGUGAACGAGGCUCGCAGCUUCCAGUCGUGCGAGUACGACCGCCACGACAGGCCCUGCCACCGAAUGCGGCCGCGGCCGUCCACGGGCCUGGCGGAGAUCCUGGUGGUGGUGGGGGGCUGCGACCAGGACUGCGACGAGCUGGUGACCGUGGACUGCUACAACCCGCAGACCGGACAGUGGCGCUACCUGGCCGAGUUUCCCGACCACCUCGGAGGAGGCUACAGCAUAGCUGCCCUGGGAAACGACAUGUACGUCACAGGUGGCUCCGACGGCUCCCGCCUCUACGACGGCGUGUGGCGCUACAAGUCCAGCGUCAACGAGUGGACGGAGGCGUCGCCCAUGCUGAAGGCCCGCGAGUACCACAGCUCGUGCGUGCUGAAGGGUCAGCUCUACGUGGUGGCGUCGGACAGCACCGAGCGCUACGACCAGGCCGUGGACUGCUGGGAGGCCCUGCCGCCCAUGCUGCACGCGAUGGACAACUGCUCCACCACCGCGUGCGGCGGACGCCUGUACGCCAUCGGCUCCCUGACCGGGGAGGAGACCAUGGCCAUCCAGAGCUACGAUGCCGACACCAACCGCUGGGCCAUGGUCAGCUGCGGACAGCUGCCGCCGUGGUCCUUCACGCCGAAAACUGUCACCCUCAAAAGCCUCAUCUACUUCAUCCGGGAUGACUCCGCCGAGGUCGAUGUUUAUAAUCCUCAAAAGAACGAGUGGGACAAAAUUAGUCCGAUGACCCAGGUGCACGUUGGAGGCAGCGUGGCAGCCCUGGGCGGUAAACUGUACGUGUCCGGCGGCUAUGACAACACCUUCGAGCUGUCCGACGUGGUGGAGGCGUUCGACCCCACCGCGCGCUCGUGGACUCUCGCUGGACGCCUUCCUCAGCCGACCUUCUGGCACGGCAGCGUCAGCAUAUUCCGCCAGUUCAUGCCCCAGGUGUCCAGCGCUUUUGAGCCCACCCAAAUACCCGAGUCCAACGCCAUCCACUUGCAUCGGCACCAUCGGCACCAGGCGCUCGAAAACCUCAACAACAAUCUCAACCAGAACCAGGACGUGAACCCAGCGCGCUGAGUUCGGUCCCAAAGGGGCCCGUGUUACACUUUCGGUCGGGGUUUGGUUUACGCUCUCAAUCAGAACCAGUUUGUGGGAUGUGCUCCUUGACCGCGUUGGAAAAGGAGUGUUUUCAACACACACACACAGAAUUGGAGUGAAAAGCUCGCCAUCAAAGGGGGGGGGGGGGGGGGAUAUUAUUCAGGUCUUUUAUGGAAGGCAUGCAUAGUGUUGCACUUUUCUGUUUGCGUGAAGACUGACAACAGUUGUUUAAAUAUUCAAAAAGGACUAAACUAAAGAAGUCGGAAUGUUGGAUAGUCGAUUUUGUGAAUUUAUAUAAUAUAUAUAUAUAAUUUAUACAGCUGGUAGGUUGCAUACUGGCAGCUUCAUCCUGAAUAUCUUUUUGUCUUGUAAAACCAAAUUAGACUCCAACACUUACUUCCACCUAAAUGCACCUUUUGUGUCUUUGGUCCACCCGUUUUUUCUAGCGCCGUCUCUUUUACCUCAUUUCGCCCUUUGAUGAGCUUUUGACUGACACAGAGCAAAAGAUGGAAAAUAAAAGGUGAGAUUGCUUCUUGUAAUGUUUUGGUGUUACAAGAGAAACGCUCCACGGGUGAAGUGUCACCGGUAAACUUCCUCCGCUUCAACAAAGAGCAGCACACACUGCUGCAGGGAGAAGCGUCUGUGUGCUGCAGUCAUUUCUCCGAAACCGUGAUGACCUGUUUACAUUCCAAAAAACAGCGGUAAUCACAGAAGUGUUUUACAGGAUAGUUUGAAGCCUCCGAGUUUCCUUCAUAUCGUUGACAUUUGGAUUUGGAUUUUUUUUUGUUACAUUUAUUCAUUGUGUAGGCUGAGUCCAAAGGCCCCAUUUUAUUCUAAUGCAUUCAUCCUUUUCAUUUCCACUGUCUGCAACGGACACCUGCACCUUGAUGAGCGUGUUGGUAAAGCAGCGAUCCGACAUCAUGAAAUGUGACAACUGGGCAUCAAGAGCUUGCGUUUUAGAACGUUCCUUUUAGAAUUGGUUUCACGGACAUCUUGAUGUUUUGUACGUUUAUUUAAGGGAUAUAUUUGUGCUGUGGUUGCUUAAGAUGUCCCCGCCUUUCAGUUGCAGUAAGAAAAGUAACGCCUCGUAAAUGGCGAACCGUUGAGUAAUGUGUAACUGGAAGUGCAAAAGAAUCUCAAUUUUAGCGUUUUCAUGGUAUUGUUUAUUAAUGAUCUUUUAUCAUUGUCAUAGUUUUCAUACAAGUUUGUGACAUUAAAAUAUUUUGUUACGUCA